AUGGUCUCGUACCUAGAAGGCCAGGUGACGCGAGACGGGCGUAAACGCGCCCCGCGCCAUCUCUUCGGCACCAACUACCGAAAGCCGUUCCCGUGGAUCCGCGUUGGUCUUGGGCUGGCCGCGAUGGCGGCUGCCGCGGACAUGAUCUACCGCCGUAUGAGCUACGUGUCUCCGAAAGAUCAGUUCAUCCGUAAAAUCAAGAUUUGUCCGUAUGGUGUUAUGGGCACGCAGAUGACGCUGCAAGGGUCGCUGCGGCAAGACGGGCCAAAGCCGGACGACACAACGGUGAUCACUGACCCGUGCGAUCUGAUGCACGUCUUCACCACCGUCGAUGGCGCGACGGGGACGUCGGGUGCUAUCUACAAGUGGGUAGGCCUCACCAGAGCUUUCCCGAACGAUGUAGUCAUGGCCAUGAGCAAGGUGGGCGAUGCAAAACAUCAUCAGUACGGCCCCAAGGACAGUGAGGCUGGCGAAAAGCAUGUAAUUCACGUAUCAGCUCCCGACUUCCGCGAGGGCAUUUGGUCGGAGCGCGAGGCUGCAAUAGAGCUCUCGCGGGCGUAUCGAAACGUACUACACGAGUACGCCGUCAGCAACUGCCAAACGCUUCGCAUGGUUCCCCUUUCGGGCGGCUUACAGGCGGGGCCGCUGUACAACCAACUUCCCGCCAUCACGCACUCAGCACUGCUCAUGGGGUUUGAGCAGUUGCACCUGUUUGACAAAGAGUACGUGCUGCGAAACGAGAAUAACAUCGAGCUGUGCGUCUUUAUGAAUCGCGAGUGGGACAUGUUCAACAAGGCAUUUGAAAACUUGCCGACAGGGCUGACAAGUUGA